CUGUUUUGAUGUGAAACUCUACUGCUCCUCUCUCUUACUCCUGCUACACUAUUAUUGUCACCCGCCUCUCUCGCUCUCUCCCUCUCUCUCGCUCAAUCUCUCUCUCGCUCAAUCUCUCUCUGUACAAGUCUAUUGAAUAAAACUUACUCUGCUCAACUUUAUGAUCAGCCACCAAGUGAUUCUCUCAACACCCCAUUCUCUACUCAUAAGUGAUUGACAGAGUUUGAUCUGUUUGGUAAGAAGGUUUGAAGAAAACAUGGCUUACAACAGAAGGGGGUCUGAUCAGCAGCAGCCGAGGAGGCCGCUUCUUAGGACACAAACUGUUGGUAGUUUAGGGGAGACUAUGAUGGAUAGUGAAGUGGUACCAUCAUCACUGGUUGAAAUCGCACCUAUUCUUCGUGUGGCUAAUGAAGUUGAACCAACCAAUCCCAGGGUUGCUUACCUCUGCCGGUUCUACGCUUUUGAGAAGGCUCACAGGCUGGAUUCAACAUCAAGUGGACGUGGAGUACGCCAGUUUAAGACAGCCCUUCUUCAACGUUUAGAACGGGAAGACGAAACUACAUUAGCGGGAAGAACAAAAAGUGAUGCUCGUGAAAUGCAAAAUUUUUAUCAACAUUACUAUAGGAAGUAUAUCCAGGCUUUACAAAAUGCUGCUGAUAAAGCAGACAGGACCCGUCUUACAAAAGCAUAUCAGACUGCUGCUGUUUUGUUUGAGGUUUUGAAAGCUGUUAAUCUGACAGAAGAUGUUAAAGUGGCAGAUGAGGUUCUGGAAACUCAUACCAAAGUUGCAGAGAAGUCAGAAAUCUAUGUGCCUUACAAUAUACUUCCUCUCGAUCCUGAUAGUGCAAAUCAGGCAAUUAUGAGAUUUGCCGAGAUUCAAGCAUCUGUUUCUGCUCUACGUAACACCAGGGGUCUUCUAUGGCCUGAGGGUCACAAAAAGAAAGUAGGCGAAGACAUUCUAGACUGGCUCCAGGCAAUGUUUGGUUUUCAGAAGGAUAAUGUGUCAAAUCAAAGGGAACACUUGAUAUUGUUGCUGGCAAAUGUUCACAUACGCCAAUUUCCAAAGCCUGAUCAGCAUCCCAAAUUAGAUGACCGUGCUCUCACUGAUGUCAUGAAGAAACUUUUUAAAAAUUACAAAAUGUGGUGCAAAUAUUUGGGGCGGAAAAGUAGUCUUUGGUUACCUACUAUUCAGCAGGAAGUGCAGCAACGAAAGUUAUUAUACAUGGGUUUAUAUCUUCUCAUAUGGGGGGAAGCCGCAAAUUUAAGAUUCAUGCCAGAAUGCCUUUGCUACAUCUAUCAUCAUAUGGCUUUUGAGCUGUAUGGUAUGUUGGGUGGUAGUGUUAAUCCAUUGACUAAUGAGCAUAUCAAGCCUGCCUAUGGUGGAGAAAAUGAAGCUUUCCUCAUUAAAGUGGUAACUCCAAUUUAUAAAACAAUAGCGAAGGAAGCUGAAGGGAGCAAAGGAGGAAAUUCGAAACAUUCCCGUUGGAGAAAUUAUGAUGAUUUAAAUGAGUAUUUUUGGUCCGUUGAUUGUUUCCGGUUAGGUUGGCCACUGCGCCUUAAUGCUGAUUUUUUUUGCCAACCUAAAGAUAAAAACCAAGCCUUGGAAAAUACAGACAUCUCAGAUCUAGAGAAUCGAUGGGAGGCAAAAGUCAAUUUUGUUGAGAUACGUUCGUUUUGGCAUAUAUUUAGAAGUUUUGACAGAUUGUGGAGCUUCUUCAUAUUGUCACUACAGGUAAUGAUAAUCAUGGCCUGGAGCGAAUCAGGAGAACCAACUUCUAUAUUUGUUGGUGAUGGAUUUAAGCGAGUUCUAAGCAUCUUCAUUACAGCUGCUAUAUUAAAAUUUGUACAAGCUAUCCUUGAUGUUGUAAUGAGCUGGAAAGCGAGGCACAGUAUGUCAAUGCAUGUGAAGCUCAGGUACAUCUUCAAGGCUGUCUCCGCGGCAGCUUGGGUGAUAAUUUUACCUGUUACGUAUGCAUACAGUUGGAAAAAUUCUUCUGGAGUUGCAGAAACCAUGCAAAAUUGGUUUGGUACCAGUCAGAGUUCACCACCAUUGUUCAUUUUGGCGGUCUUUAUUUACUUAUCGCCAAAUCUGCUCUCUGCACUACUAUUUUUGUUUCCAUUUAUCCGCCGACGUUUAGAAAGGUCGGAGUACAAGAUCGUCAGGCUCAUCAUGUGGUGGUCUCAGCCUCGGCUAUUUGUUGGUAGGGGAAUGCAGGAAAGCACGGUUUCUGUAUUUAAGUACACAAUGUUUUGGUUUUUGCUAAUAGCAGCAAAGUUAGCUUUCAGUUAUUAUGUGGAGAUCAAACCUCUAGUAAGUCCAACAAAGGCAAUUAUGAAAGUACACAUAAACGCUUACAUGUGGCAUGAAUUCUUUCCGCAGGCCAAGAACAAUAUUGGUGUUGUCAUUGCAUUAUGGGCUCCAAUUAUUCUUGUUUAUUUUAUGGACACUCAAAUAUGGUAUGCCAUUUUCUCCACAAUAUUUGGAGGCAUAUAUGGUGCAUUUCGCCGUCUUGGAGAGAUUCGAACAUUAGGUAUGUUAAGGUCACGGUUUCUUUCACUACCAGGGGCAUUCAGUUCCUGCUUGAUUCCAGUAGAAAAUAAAGAAAGGUUGAAGAAGGUUCGCAAGUCUACUGAGAUCCCAUCUGAUAAGGAAGCAGCUCGGUUUGCUCAAUUAUGGAACAAGAUUAUUAAUAGUUUCAGAGAAGAGGAUUUAAUAAAUAACAGGGAAAUGAACCUUCUACUUAUGCCUUAUAGUGCCAAUCAUGAGUUGGGCCUUAUCCAGUGGCCUCCAUUUCUACUUGCUACCAAGCUUCCCGUAGCAUUGGAUAUGGCAAAAGACUAUAAUGGAAGAGAUCGAGAGCUGAAAAAAAGGCUAAAUGCAGACAAUUACAUGCGUUAUGCUGUUCGUGAGUGCUAUGAAACAUGUAAAAGUAUAUUGAAUUAUUUAGUUUUAGGGCAUCGUGAGAAGAUUGUUAUAGAGGAAAUUUUCUCUAAAGUUGAUCAACAUAUACGACAAGAUGAUCUGACAAGUGUGUUGAAUAUGAGUGCUCUACCUAGUCUCUGUGAUCAGUUUGUUCAGCUUAUUGAGUAUUUGAAAGAAAACAAGCAAGAGGACAAGGAUCAGAUUGUUAUUGUCUUACUUAACAUGCUAGAGGUGGUGACUAGAGACAUAAUGGAUGAUCCGAUUCCUAGUUUGGUAGAUUCAAACCAUGGUGUAUACGAAGGAAUGAGACCUCUAGAACAUCAAUUCUUUGGUUCACUUAAUUUUCCAGUAAUUGAAGAGCCAGAAGCAUGGAAAGAAAAGAUAAGAAGGGUCCAUCUGUUGCUUACUGAAAAGGAGUCGGCUAUGGAUGUUCCAUCCAAUUUAGAGGCGAGAAGGCGCAUCUCUUUCUUCUCAAAUUCAUUGUUUAUGGACAUGCCUGCUGCACCCAAAGUACGAAAUAUGCUUUCUUUCAGUGUCUUGACUCCUUAUCUCGAGGAGGAAGUUCUAUUUUCAAUUGAUGGCUUGGAAAUGCAAAAUGAAGACGGUGUUUCGAUUCUUUUCUACUUGCAGAAAAUAUAUCCUGAUGAAUGGAACAAUUUUCUUGAAAGGGUCGAUCGUCGCAGUGAAGAUGAACUUAAAGGUAGUGUAGAGGUGGAAGAAGAACUUAGGUUGUGGGCAUCAUAUAGAGGCCAGACACUGACAAAAACUGUACGAGGUAUGAUGUACUAUCGGCAAGCGUUAGAGCUUCAGGCCUUCCUUGACAUGGCAAAGGAUGAUGUGUUAAUGAAAGGGUACAAGGCUGCUGAGUUCAAUACUGAAGAAAACUCGAGGAACGAAAGGUAUCCUUCGCUUCGUGUUGCGUACAUUGAUGAGGUGGAAGAAACUAGCAAAGACAAGUCCAAGAAAACGAAUGAAAAGGUUUAUUAUUCAGCCCUUGUGAAGGCAGUACCAAAAUCUGUUGAUACUACUGGUCCAAGUCAAAACUUAGAUCAGGUUAUUUAUCGGAUAAAACUUCCUGGACCUGCUCUUUUAGGCGGGGGAAAGCCAGAAAAUCAAAACCAUGCAAUAAUAUUUACACGAGGAGAAGGCCUGCAAACUAUAGAUAUGAACCAGGAUAACUACAUGGAAGAAGCCUUUAAAAUGAGGAACUUGCUUCAAGAAUUUCUUAAAACUCACGGCGUAAGACAACCAACAAUACUGGGAUUCAGGGAGCAUAUAUUCACUGGAAGUGUUUCUUCCCUUGCAUGGUUUAUGUCAAAUCAAGAGCAUAGUUUUGUGACAAUUGGACAGAGACUGUUGGCUAACCCAUUGAAAGUCCGGUUCCACUACGGGCAUCCAGAUGUGUUUGAUAGAUUGUUCCACCUGACAAGAGGUGGUAUCAGUAAAGCAUCCAAGAUCAUCAACCUAAGCGAGGAUAUAUUUGCAGGUUUUAAUUCUACAUUACGAGGAGGCAAUGUUACUCAUCAUGAAUAUAUACAAGUUGGUAAAGGGAGGGAUGUUGGGCUUAACCAAAUUUCUAUAUUUGAGGCAAAAAUUGCGUACGGAAAUGGCGAGCAGACAAUGAGUCGUGAUAUUUAUAGGCUGGGACAUCGUUUUGAUUUCUUCCGCAUGCUGUCCUGCUAUUUUACUACUGUAGGGUUUUAUUCCAGUACAUUGAUAUCUGUGCUUUUGGUGUAUAUAUUUCUGUACGGUCGCAUUUAUCUUGUGCUUAGUGGACUUGAGCAAGGACUGGGUAAGGAGCAAGCAAUUCGAGAUAACAAGCCACUUCAAGUAGCCCUCGCUUCUCAGUCCCUUGUGCAAAUUGGAGUUUUGAUGGCACUGCCAAUGAUGAUGGAAAUAGGUCUUGAAAGAGGAUUUGGAAAAGCAUUUAGUGAUUUUGUUCUUAUGCAAUUACAAUUGGCACCUGUGUUUUUCACAUUUUCUCUAGGAACAAGGACCCAUUAUUUUGGGAGGACCUUGCUUCAUGGGGGUGCAGGGUAUAAAAGCACAGGCCGUGGCUUUGUUGUGUUCCAUGCCAAGUUUGCUGAGAAUUACAGACUGUACUCUCGUAGUCAUUUUAUAAAGGGAAUUGAACUUAUGAUUUUACUUCUUGUAUAUCAUAUAUUGGGGCGAGCAUAUAGAGGAGUUCUUGCAUAUUUGUUAAUUACAGUAUCUAUAUGGUUCAUGGUUGGAACAUGGCUAUUUGCUCCCUUUCUUUUCAAUCCAUCAGGGUUUGAGUGGCAAAAAAUAAUCGACGACUGGACUGAUUGGAAUAAGUGGAUCCAUAACCGUGGAGGGAUUGGUGUGCUUCCAGAUAAGAGUUGGGAAUCUUGGUGGGAAAAGGAACAUAGGCAUCUUCACUAUUCUGGGAAACGUGGCAUCCUUGUAGAGAUUUUGCUGUCCCUGCGUUUCUUUAUAUAUCAGUAUGGACUUGUAUACCACCUGACCUUUACAAAGCGCAAUAAGAGUUUUCUGGUGUAUGGUGUAUCAUGGCUUGUUAUAUUUUUAAUAUUGCUUGUGAUGAAGGGUGUAUCAAUUGGGAGGCGAAAAUACAGUGCCAAGCUUCAAAUUGUGUUUCGAUUAAUCAAGGGUCUUGUAUUUAUCAGUUUCUUGACUGUUCUGAUUACUUUGAUUGCACUAGUUGGCAUGACUUUUCGUGACAUCAUAGUAUCCCUGCUCGCAUUCAUGCCGACAGGUUGGGGAUUACUUCUGAUUGCGCAAGCUUUGAAGCCAUAUGUCCAGCGAACUGGAAUCUGGCCUUCGGUUCUGACACUUGCACGUGGGUAUGAAGUAAUAAUGGGCACACUGCUAUUCACUCCUGUUGCAUUCUUGGCUUGGUUUCCUUUUGUGUCGGAGUUCCAAACACGGAUGCUAUUCAACCAGGCAUUUAGCCGAGGCCUGCAAAUUUCUCGUAUUCUCGGUGGACAAAAGAAGGACAAAUCCUCUAGCAACAAGGAGUGAUUUAAAGCCCCUUAAGAUGAGAACUUGUUUGUACAAUUUUGGUGCAUCAAUAUACUGGGUUCUGGAUAAACCACAAAAGAUAUGUAGAUAAUAUAAAGUAUAUGUAAAGUUAUAGUUAUACAUUGCUAUAUUACAUGUAUAUAAUAAAAGAUGUAUAUAAGAAAAUUAUUUAAACUCUCAA